CAGAAAUGGACCGACUAGCUCUCUACUUCGCUAUCUUCAAACAAAUCAAGUCUCUACCUCCCGUCCUACAGGCGGACCUGACAGGAAAGGUUGUCCUCGUCACAGGGGCCAACACGGGGCUUGGAUUUGAAGCAGCAAGACAUUUCGCCAGGAUGAAUCCUCAAAAACUGAUUCUAGCUUGCCGGAGUGAGGAGAAAGGAAAUCAGGCUGUACGAAAAAUUGAACGCGAUACAGGAUACACGAAAGCGGAAAUGUGGCUGCUUGACUUGAAUAGGUUUGCCUCUGUACAGGCAUUUGCAGAUAGAUAUGAAAAGGAAGGCGGGGGACGUUUAGAUAUCCUUGUCGAGAAUGCCGCAAUUUCAUCAGCCCAAACGUAUGAGAAGACUGAGGAUGGAUACAUGAAGACAUUUCAAGUCAAUGCCCUUGCACCGUCUCUUCACACAUUUCUUCUGCUCCCACAUAUGAUUCGUACUGCACAGGAACAUCCCGAAACAAAUCCGAGAAUUGUUGUUGUCUCCAGUGGAAUGCAUCAUUUCUCAAUGCUUCCUACUGAAGUUGGUAGAAAGAUUUCGGAGCAACCAAACUUCAUUGAGGCCCUGAGCAGUCUGGAAUAUUUUAAGCAGAUUCCGGUUGCUGACCAUUAUUCCGAUACUAAAUUACUCAACAUGUUUUUCGCUCGAGCGCUUCAGUCCAAACUAUCGAAAUCUUGUCCAUCCAUCGUUGUAGAUUCUGUGGACCCUGGAUAUUGUAUUAGCGACCUUCGUCGUUCCCUCUCAGGACCAGGAGCCUGGCUCUUACUGCUCUUGGAUAGACUCUUUGCAUAUUCAACGGAAGAAGGAAGUCGAAAUCUUGUUCACGCUGCUCUUGUAGGAAACAAAGCAACCAUAGGACCUUCUGAGGAUGAAGGACAGUUCAAGGGAGCGUAUCUUUCUACACAGAAAAUCAGCGAUGUAAGUUCGUUUGCAAGCAGUGGAGCUGGGUUGAGGCUACAAGCAAAGUUCUGGGAUGAAAUGGUGGAGAUUGCGACAAACAAGGAUGAAAGAGUGGCAAAACUUGCGACGACUCAUUUUUGAUUCCAUUGCCAUCAGGUCUACUCACUGACUAGAGGACCGAUGAAAUUCUCGAGCCUGUUCAGUGAUCCGAAAGUAAUGUCCCUUUCGCCGUCGAAUUUGAAUAUGAUUGGAGAAUGGCAUGGACGUUAGGGAAGGAAGAGGUGAUGCGAUUAUCUUGUCCGUUGCUCGUAAUUUUGUAGAGUUACUUUAAUUUUAUUUAAUGCUUACAAGGAUUAAUGUUU